AUGGCGGUGAACGUGCAAGAUGGCAGCACCGAUGCGGGCGCGGAUGCCAGCAGCGUGACCGCGAAGGUCUUCUCGUCUCAUCACAGCUCGUGGUCGGUGCACAGCUCCGUCCCCUUCGAGCUCUUAGAAAUUCCAUCCACCAAGAACCACACAGCCACACCCGUGGGCAGCGAGGUGUUCGUCUUCGGCGGCUAUGACGGCCAGAAGAAUCACAACGAGUUGUACGUCUUCGAUCUUCCCUCAAUGGAGUGGAGGCAGCCCGAGGUCCUAGGUACCAAGCCCAGUGGCCGAAAUGGACAUUCGGCCACCCUCUUGGGUGAGAGUAUCCUGAUCUUGGGCGGCUGGCUGGGGAAUGGGCCGCUGGCCGCUGGCGACAUGCACCUGCUGAAUUUGAACCCCUUGAAAUGGCUGGCUCCGCGCUUCUCGGGCGAGCCGCCGGGGCCAUGCAACAUGCACACCGCGGACCUGGUGGGGAAGAACUUGUAUGUCUUCCGCGGCGGAGAUGGACGUGCGUAUCUGAAUGAUCUGCAUGGCUUGGACAUGGACACCGACACGUGGUUUCCAGUCAAGACCACCGGAGAGCAGCCGCCUCCACGGGCGAAUCACGCCUCGGCGGUGGAUGAUUACAAGCUCUACAUCUUUGGGGGGUUAAAUGACCUCUAUGUGCUCGACACCCGCGACAAUGUCUGGACCAUGUUGAAGCCCAGUGGAUACACCCCGCAAGCGCGGGCGGGCAUGACAUUGUCCAUAAUCCGUGAUUGCUUGUAUCUCUUUGGAGGCUCUGGGCAUACGACCCGAUGCUUCAACGACGUGCACGUCUACGAUCCCAAGGAGCAGGCCUGGUUCCUCUGUGCCCAAGCCGACCUCGGCGACGGGCGCGGCGUGGGUCCCGCCCGGCGGGCGGGGCACGUGGCGGUGGCCGUGGACCGGCGGCUCUUCGUGAGCGGCGGCGCCUGUGGGACGCAGUACUACGGCAAAGGCAAGUGGUACAUCCUGGACACGGACGCGCCGCCGCCCAUCGAAGUCUCCGCAGCGCCGGCCUGUGCGGAGUCCGUGAGGAGGGUCAUGAGCGAGUACUUGAACAAGGAGCAGUUUUCAGACGUUUGCUUCGUGGUGGAGGGCAAGAGGCUCUACGGCCACCGAGUGCUGCUCACACUCUUCUCGGACUACUUCCGAAAGGCGUUCGCCUGCGGCAUGCGAGAAAGCUUUGAGCCGGACAUCAUCAUCGAGGAUGUCUCUUACGAGAUCUUUUACGCGCUCUUGGAGUUUUUGUACACCGGGAGGCUCCAGUUGUCGUCGGGACAACAGGGUGACGCUUGCUUCCUGGUAGGGUUGCUGCGGGCGGCCGACCAGUUCUGCGCCGACUGCGUGAAGCAGCUGUGCGAGAAGAGCCUGAGCGCCUUGGUCGACCAGGAGAACGUGGAGGCCUUCCUGAGUGAGGCUGAACGCUUUCAGGCCCUUCAGCUGGCAACUUUGGCAUAA